UCUCAGGAGGAGUGUCUUGGGGACUGUGGCAGAAGGAGCAUUUGAAACAAGACCUCACAGGAGGCACGAAGGGCAUAGUAAGACUUGAGACAAGUGGCUGCAGGAAUGGAUGCUAGCAAGGGUGGUUGCAAAGCAUCUACUGAAGAAGAGCUAGGUUUCCUUUGGAUGCUCCUGAGCCUGAUCUGCCAUAGGGGAUGCCCCAAUUCACUUUUGCUUGCUUCUGUGGGCUCCACGGCUUCUGCAAGAUGAAGAGGAAAAAAGAAGAGCCCAGUGCAGAGCAGGAGACAUCAGUGUGAGACUUGUCCGGGUGUGUCACAUUUACCCUCUCACUCACAUCGCUGGAUUCCAGCCCUGGUUUGAACUUGAGACUUGCCUGGCUUGGAAAAAAGCUGAAGCUCAGAAAUGACCCUUACAGAAGAGCCACAAACAGUAUCCUGGGUGCUAUGGUGGUUCAGCACAGAUCCCCAGUCUCAAAGGUGCUUGAUCUUGGACCGCACAGCUAUCUGUGGCAGAGAGAGAUUUUUGUCCCUUUACUGGGUAAAAGUUUCAUUCACGAGAAAGCUGUCCCUGUCUUGCUUGAAUAUGUCCCCCUGGACAGACUCUGAAGGAGAUUUCCAAAUCAAGAGCCAGGUCCUGCCCUCAGUUUCCCUGGAGUAAGUGGGCAGCAGGAUUUGGCUCUGUGUUUUCAAGUUGUCUCACUGUGGCACUGUCAACUGAAAAUGAACAAGCUGUAGAGUUUUGUUAGUAUCUCCCAAGCAAAUGUCCUGUGUCUACAAGAAGCAGUUCCUAAUACUUCUUAGACAUUUUGUGCUCAGAUGUGCUAGAUGCCAGCAUGGAGAAACCCUUAGGGAGUGGUGAAAACACAGUGGGCUUUGAUUCUGCUCCCAUCGAUGCAAAUCAGGAGUCGCUCCACUGAAAUCAGUGGUGUUAGCCCAGUGGGAGAGCAGACUCAUGCUCCUUAUGUGUCUAUAUUAACUAUGGGAAGUGAAUUUUGCAGUUGGCCCCUUUCCUAUAAUGGGCUUGAAUCAAAAUCCCUGAACUCUAUGUGAAGAGAAGUUUGGAACUGGGACCCGGAUUUCAGCUUUGGAGCUCAGGUCUCUCUCUAGCAUGUAUGCAUCCUCCAGUGGUUCUCCACCUUUCCCGUAAUGGGUGCCCUCUUCCAAUCUCGCCAUUUAGCAAUCUGCGAAAGGCAAUAUGACCACGACUCUCUGACACCUGUUCAUGUACAUGCGGUGGGUCGCAACCCCCAGGAUAAGAGCCCAUGUUCUCAAAGAAAUUGAUGUAGUUGAGAGUAUGGAAAAUGCCAGUGUUCAAAUUGUUAACUUUUUUUGCUGGAACUGCCUCACCUAAUCCAGGCAUAGCCAUUAGCAUUAGUGUAGUGCUGCAGUUUCAAAGGUUGUCCCUGUUUUCUCCCUUCUUGUCUAUACGUCUUUCCUACUUGCUGUUAAAGCCAUAUGGAAAUUCCCUGGGUGCUGUGCCUUUCAGGAGGUGUUGCAGACAGACUCUCCUCUUCAGGUACCCUAAAAUAGCCCCACUAGUUGUCACUGUGGAUCCCAGAAAGUACAUCUAUUUCAUGGCCUGAUCCAAAGAACAUUGAGGUCAGUAGAAACUCUCUCUUUGAUUUCAGUGGGUUUGGAUCAGGACCUCACUCAGGAAGGUCUUCUUGUGGUAGUGUUGGAGAUGGGCUUGAACCCAACCUUCAGCUCUGAACACCCCCCGCCUUAUGGCACUGGAAAUCCAGAUCCAACUUUAGCCCCUCAGACCCAGCUCUGGUUAAUUCAGACAGCCUCAACCCUUUCACUCCUGAAUCCUUUGCUGCCAUCUCCAAAAUGUUCAGCCCCUGAGGCUACUAGAGUUUUGCUCUUUCGAUGAGGAUGGUCACACAGUAUUUGUAGCCCUUUCAGUCAGAAUAAACUGCAGCUGCGGCGACUUUUGAGAACUGGUAGCAAGGCCUGAGCUGGGUGCAUGACAGAGUCAGAAAGACUAGGGCUGUCAACAUGACAGGCUAAGAUGGUAGCCAUGGAGAUCUGAGUAUCAAAGGGGUAGCUGUGUUAGUCUGGAUCUGUAAAAGCAGCAAAGAAUCCUGUGGCACCUUAUAGACUAACAGACGUUUUGGAGCAUGAGCUUUCGUGGGUGAAUACCCACUUCAUCAGAUGCAUGUCACAUGACAGGCUGAGAUGGUAGCCAUGGAGACCUGAGUAUCAAAGGGGUAGCUGUGUUAGUCUGGAUCUGUAAAAGCAGCAAAGAAUCCUGUGGCACCUUAUAGACUAACAGACGUUUUGGAGCAUGAGCUUUCGUGGGUGAAUACCCACUUCGUCAGAUGCAUGUCACAUGCAUCUGACGAAGUGGGUAUUCACCCACGAAAGCUCAUGCUCCAGAACGUCUGUUAGUCUAUAAGGUGCCACAGGAUUCUUUGCCUCUUUUUAUGGAGAUCUGAGGAGGGAUUCAAAAUGGCUGCCUCAGGCAGGGCUGGUUCAGCCAGUAUUGCAAAGCUGGUGGCUAUAGGGAGCCGUCAUGAACCCCCUCCUGCCCCAGUCAUCUCUGUAUGGAAAAGCCAGAGGGAAGCUCCUUGCUCAUGCUUCAGGGUUCAGUGGUGUGGAGUAGAAGCUGCUUUGUACUGAAUGAGAACCCAGUGGGGAACACUUGGUCCCCCUAGAGAAUUGAGGGGCCUCCCCCUUUAAUAUGUCCCUGGUUAGGGUAAAUUGCUGGCUCUCUGCCUCCUCCUGUGUAACAGAAAACCUCCAUUCACUUGCUCCCUCAACAAACCCAUUGCACCAGUUCUGGAUACAUUUCCUAAGGCCCGAUUCCCACCAUGGAAUGGAACCAAGCCCUCAGAAUCUGUCAGGGCAGAGGAUGGGUAGUGGGAAAAGGUCAUGUGCUAAAUCUAGUGGAUGGGGUCUGGGGAGGGGGACAAGUGAAUGACAUUGCAUGGAACUGUCAACAGGCCUUCACUGCAGCCAGCCAAAGGCUUUGAGGACAAUGUUAUUAAUAUUAAACCAAAAAUAGUAAUUGGGGCAAAAUCACCGUUUCUUUCUAAAGAUCAAACAUGGAGGAUCGGGGCACAGAGUGCCUUAGAAUGGUGGUGCCAGAGAUUAUUAAUGCUGUAACUCUGAUGCAAAAUCUUGCCCGGUAGGGUCUCUGAGGAAUGUUGUUGCCUGCUCCCCUUUAGGAAGGGCAGACAGGUAAAUCUUUAGGGGCCAGAUCCAUGGCCAGUGUAAAUCAGAGGAGACUCGUUGACUUCAAUGGAGCUAUGUAGAUUUACACCAUCUGAGGAUCUGGCCCUGAAAAGAAUAAGUUGAGCUAACUCAGAAAACAAAUCCUUUCCCCUACUUAUAAAACUCACUGACCUUUCCAGCUCUCAGACCGCUGCUGCGAGACCGGAUUUACGCUUGACAAACAGAGCUGUGUGUGCUGGUGACAAGCUCUUCUUUUGGGAAGAUUUGCUAGCUUGGCCAGCUACCAAAACCAACAUGGCCCUUAUUUUAUUGUCUUAUCUGAAGGGUUUAGCGUGAAACCUCUGCCCAGCAAGGAUGACCAAUAAAAGGAGACACAUGAGAUCUUCUCCUGGGGUAUAAGCAGAGCAACGAAUUAAGCAGCUUUAAAUAAUCUUCAUCGGGUGCCAGUAGUCGGGGUUGCUCUAGGAGAUGGUUCAGUCACUUCAAACACGAAACAGCUGGUAGCGGACCAUAGCAACGAGUCCAACUGCACCUGAUCUUGCUUAGUGAGUCAGUCUGGAAAGUUCACAUUCUGAGAAGUACUGUAUUUUCCCCAUGGAGCAUGAAGAAGAUACUCACACAAGGUGCUGUCUGGUUCAUGCACAUGAAGGAUCAAGCAUAGGGAAAGGACCCAACACUGAAAGCAUUGGGGUCACACUCCAGAUGUAUAUGGCCCAGAUGUCUUUUUUUUUCUCAGUGAACUUUGGCAUGUCUGAGCCAACUUGUGAUGGUGACCAUUUUGCUACUGCUUGAUGCAUUACAGAAGCCGAUCACUGGAGGCUGUUGGUCUUGUUUUCAUCUCAUUUCAAUGGUGGCAGAACGUUUAGCAGAAGACUGAAAUUUAGGCUUAGUCUGGGUAUCUAAAUCCCCUAGGAGGUUUAGCAAAUGGUCAUGUUUAAAUAUUAAACAUUACAGGCCAAAUCUUGGGGUCUCUCACCCAGGAAAAGCUUUCACUGGGUCAACAGUUCACUGGAAUGGAGCAUUUUCAAAUUCUAUUGGCUCCAGAGAGAGCCAAAGGUGCUCAAUAUCCCUCAGGAUAUUGCCCCUUGACUGGGUGUUUUGCCUGAGUAAAGAUUUCAGGAUUUGGCCCUAAAAUUCUUUCCGAUCAUUGACGCCAUAAUAAAGCAGAAGGAAAAGUGAUGCAGAGGAUGAAUUCUGCCCCUGAGCAUCUCUAGAUGCCAAUAUCACAAAUGGGUGCUCUAUUCUGCAAGCUGACAGCAAUAGGAAACAUGAUUUUUAAAGAAAACUGGCUACAGCCAUAUUCUGGGUAGGGAUAUGCCUGUGCAGCUCCCACCAAUGCCAAUGGGAGCCCAAUAUAUGUGUCUAAAGCCAGGAUACAGUUGGAUAUUUCCUAGCACAGUUCUGAGUUUCUGCACAGCAAGAAGUGCUUGGCAGCCUAUGAACUUUCAUUCUGUUUUCUGCACUGAGCAAGGUCAGGGUAGUUGUUUUGACUCAUCUCCAUUCAUUUUCAUCAAGGUCAGCUCACCUCGUGCUCAGCUGAUUGCGUAACACACUGUGAGCUGUUAUUGCUCUCCAUGGAUACCAGAGACUAUCUUUACUGGCCUUCUACUUAUACAGAGCAAGAAGAGCUACCUCUUUAGCGCAAGUGGCAGGGACUUGUGCAUUUGGUGCUGAUGGACACAAAUUCAAUCCCUAUUUAGGACCAAUGUAUGUGUGGGUACAGUCCUUGUUCAUCGCAGCUAUAAGCUAUAGCAGCUAUUCUGGCAGCAGAAGUUUGUCCCAACUGAAGAUCAGUUGGCCGCAAGUCCCUGAGACCUUUCAAAUUCCUUUGGGUCGAAGUCAGAGGCAGGAGAUUUGCAGAUGAUCACAGUCUGUAUCCUUUUUAGUAAGUUGGACCCCAUGUAAGCUAAGAAUACUAAUGUUUUCUCCAGUGCGGUGAGUUUUAAUUGUUUAAUGGAGCACUAGGUGAAUAGCCAAGAACAUAGGCUGCUAUGAGCCUUUGAUUAUGGAGCCAUCAUGGCUUCUUAGUUAAGGUUCCAAAAUUAAUACACAUACCCUGAGAUUCUGUAAAGAGCUAACAGCUUUACUGAAUGUAUCCAGCUUGGCUGGAGGUUUAUACAGCACUAAUUAAAUGCUCCUGAAAUGGGUCUUAUGUAAAAACUGGUAUGGGUGCUUCAGAGGUUUUCUCUCUAUUGUGGUUGUUCCAAAAUCUGGUCUGGAUGGAGGAGGGGGAAUCUUUCCAGGACAAUACGGUAACCUAUUGAAUAUAUAUUGCAGACCACCGUAUAUCUGCUGAAUUUAUCUCACCUCAAGAAUUGCACCUGCCUCCAGCAAAGAGCUUCCUAGCUAGGCAUGGAUGAAUAUAGUAUGUAAAAUAUAUCUAGACACACACACACACACACACACAUAUAUAAAAUUGAAAAUGCAAUAAAUUACACAAGUACAAUAUGAAUGUUUAAAACUAAAGCUGCAG